GUCCUGGAGAAAAGGGCACACGUUCCUUCAGCGCAGUUGAGGUGAAUGCAGGAGACUGGGGCCUCUACCCGCCUGGCAUUGGUCUCAGCUCAGCAUCUUCACUAUGGUGGAUCCCAGUGGCAACGAAUCCAGUGCCACAUAUUUCAUUCUAAUAGGCCUGCCAGGAUUGGAAGAAGCUCAGUUCUGGUUGGCCUUCCCAUUGUGCUCCCUCUACUUUAUCGCUGUGCUAGGUAACUUGACAAUCAUCUACAUUGUGUGGACGGAGCAUAGCCUACACGAACCCAUGUAUAUCUUUCUUUGCAUGCUUUCUGGCCUUGAUGUCCUCAUCUCCACCUCAUCCAUGCCCAAAAUGAUGGCCAUCUUCUGGUUCAAUUCCACUACCAUACAGUUUGAUGCUUGUCUGCUACAGAUGUUUGCCAUCCACUCCUUAUCUGGCAUGGAGUCCACGGUGCUGCUGGCCAUGGCCUUUGACCGCUAUGUGGCAAUCUGCCACCCACUACGCCAUGCCACUGUGCUAACAUUGCCUCGUGUUACCAAGAUCGGCAUGGCUGCUGUGGUACGGGGUGUUGCACUUAUGGCACCCCUGCCUUUCUUCAUCAAACAUCUGCCCUUCUGCCGCUCCAAUAUCCUUUCCCAUUCCUACUGCCUACACCAAGAUGUCAUGAAGCUGGCCUGUGCUGACAUCCGCGUCAAUAUCAUCUAUGGCCUCAUUGUCAUCAUCUCUGCCAUUGGCCUGGACUCACUUCUCAUCUCCUUGUCGUAUCUGCUUAUCCUCAAGACUGUGUUGGGCUUGACACAUGAAGCCCAGGCAAAGGCAUUUGGUACUUGUGUCUCUCAUGUGUGUGCUGUUUUCAUAUUCUAUGUACCUUUCAUUGGGUUGUCUAUGGUGCACCGGUUUGACAAGCGGCAUGACUCCCUCCUGCCUGUCAUCAUGGCCAACACCUAUCUGCUUGUUCCUCCCGUGCUCAACCCUAUUGUGUAUGGAGUGAAGACAAAGGAGAUCCGGCAGCGUAUCCUUCGUCUUUUGCAUGUGACCACACACACUUCAGAUCCCUAGGUGUCAGGAAUCAAAGUUCUUUUUCACAGGAAGUCCUUCAAUUCAGAUUUUAAUAUCAACAUUUUGGAAGACAGUAUUAGGAGAAAAAUUCUUAAUGAAAGCACAACUGAUCCUUCAAAGAUGAAACUGAUUGGAGAAUCUCCAUCUGAGUAGGGGCAGCAGAACUGUAUACUUCCAAUCCUUAUUUUUAAAUGUUAUUUUACCCUUUAGUUCUUUGAGGUAGUUGUGGUUGGAGGAUUAUUACUUCCCACUUAACCAUUCAGUCCAAUUCUCAAGUCCAAAAAAUUCAUGUGGUUGCUUGCACUGAUAGUUUAUAGCAUUCUGAAAUAAGGGUGAUAUUUCUAAAAGACAUUUACCAAAGGCUUAGGCAAGGCAAAAAUAAAAUAAAUACGAGAAUAUAAUACAAUUAGAUAAUCUGGUUUAAAACCAUGAUUUCCUCUUCAGAAUGCCCUACCACUUUGGAUCUUAGGAAAGGAGACAUACCUGGAUUUCCCUCUUCAAAAUGACCACAGAGAAAAAAUAAUUUCUCUUCUUCUGAGUAGCAAUCCUUAAGAAAAGAUUGAAAGUAAAUUCACAAAAGAUUAUAUUUAUCUACAUUAAUGAAAGAUGAUAUAUUGUAUCCUGAGCAUUUUCAUAGACUGUGAAAAUUUUUCCUUCAUUUCCAAUUUUCUUAUCAACCUUUUGAUUUAGGCAGGAAUAUGAUUAGUUAUCCCCAUUGUACCAGUGGGGGAACUGAUGUUCAAUGAGAUCAUGCAGGCUCAAAAAAAAUUGUCUUUUGAUGCCCAAUCCCAUAUUGUGAGGAGGGAAUGUUAGACUAGUGGGAUAGUGAGUUAGACAUUCCAGAGUCUUGCAUUUUCUAGGGGAGGUAUUUAAGUUCCUUUCUCACUCAUCCAGUAUUGUAUUUAGGAAUUUCCUGUUAAUGUUGCUGAUGGCUUUAAUCUCAAUAGUUCCUGGCCUAUUUGCCAUUGUACUUGUGUAGUAGCAACAGGAGUAUGUUUGGGUAAUUCCCAAACAGUGGCUAGUUUGGGAAAUAGUAUAAUUAACAGUAGGGACAUUCACUGGAUAUCUGGAGAGACUCUACAUGGAGAGAUGCAGCUGAGAAAACCUAGAAGCUCAUGGCAGAAAGAGCAGGGUUGGUUAUAGACCAGGGAGUCAAGAGCAGGAAGUAUUGUGAGACUGAGUAGGGCCAGUGGCCUGGGUGGCUAGCCAGGAAGCAGGCUUAAUCAAACAUAGGUCCAAAGAAAGUGAAUAGAGUAUAUAAGCGAACACCAUGUAUUCCCAGGGCUCUGAGCUACCCUUCAGGGAAUGCCCACAGCAUCAAAGCUCAGAGAUCAAGACCAUAGGAGAGCUCAGUAAAGACUGCAUCCCUGUUAGCUGUACUUAGCAUGAGUAUGGUUCCAGAGGCCCACCCAGGAGCCCUACAAGCCAAGCACAGCACUCCCAGAAGAAGCAGAAUGGGAAGGAGGGGUGUGGGCACUAUAGGAGUACAGUAGGAAUGAAUGGGGGAGGAAUGAGAUCUCCAUCCAAAAGAGAGGUAGGUAAGUGUGAGAAGCAGGUAGUAUAGUAGAGAGCAUGGCACAUGGCCGGCCAGACUCUUCCAGCUAUAGCUAGUAGCACAGGACUACUUGGUACAGAGGAUAUGGAAAGAGCAUAUCUAAUUUCUUGGACUGGAAUCCAGAAGAUGAGAAUUUUGAGCAGUAUGGAAUCUGCUAUGCCCAGGUGAGUGAUGGCCAGCAGAACAUGGGACAUAAACUAGAGUCAGUGCUGGCUUUGGUCACUUUGAACUGUUUGGAGGGUCAUCCCAGUUCCUGAUAGUGCCUUGACAUUGAAAUUGAAAGAAAGAAACAGAAUGAAAGAGAGAGAAGAGGGAGAAAGAGACAGAUUUUUUUUCAUAUUAGGAAACCAGUAUAUGAUCACUGUAAACAAAAAUCUUAGACACUCUGAAAAUAUAAAAGAAAUAAAAAUAUAAUA